AUGGCGCGAGGCGCUGGAUUGCUGGGAUCUCAGAACCGAAUGUGGUCGCGUCGACUGCUUGCGUCUGCGGUUACGCGGACGUACGGCACCUGGAUCUGUGGAUGA